GCUUCAGUCCGGCGCUGCAGCGGGGAGUUUGUGGGUGGCACUUCAGACUUGAGUCGAAGGCUACAUUGCUAAGAUCGCCCAGCCUCUUCAAGGUCGAGAUAAACUUGUGAGCAUUCAUGACACUAGAGGGAGCAUUCUGUCGCCUGGACCACUGGAGCUCCUUAAACCGGACGUGAGAAAAGUGAAACUAGAGUUUGAGUUUGCAGACGUGUUUUAUGAAGAGCCUCUCAGGGAUUGUGAAGACACUAAUUCACAUAACUCCCCACCUUGCUGAAGGCCUCUGAGGAAUCCCCACAGCCCCCCACCACACACCUCCAAAGGACUGCAGCUCACAGACACAGCUCUCCCCUAGAAAACAAAACCCCACCACCACUACCUCGCCCUCUGGAGUUCUUCUACACGCCUUGCCUUUUUUGUUAGAAUAGGAAUGGCUGUGAGUUUGUGAGAGGGGAGCGGGUUAUGGGCAGAACUAAUUCCUGAAGCAGCUGCCCUCUCGAGUUAGUCCUUCCUUGCAGAAAGAACUAAUGAAAUCCAGGAAGACGACUGCAGACUGUACUUGCACUCUUUCCCCGGGGCCAGGGCCAGGAGGUAGAGCUGCUUCACAAGAGAACUGAAAAUGGGCAAGAUGUCCUGGUUUUGUCUGCGCCCUCCCCGACUAGCUCCCAUACUUCCAUCCCAUGUCUCUCAGUAGUGUUCCAGGGCACACAGGGAGUCCCGUUGGCUUGUUCUUUCGUCCAUCUCUCCAGCUUGUUUACUCCAGCAUGAUCUCUGCCCCUCUGGACUUGCCAUUCUCUGUAUCACCUGACAGGGGUGGGGAAAUAGAUGUAUAUAUAGCCCCUGUCUCCCGUCAGGCCCCGAGUACACGCCAAGGACAGCGACGCUGAACAGUGUCUUUUCCCAUCAGUACCACUCCCUGUGCCCAGACCACGUUCCCACUGCCAUCAUGAAGCUGCUUGCAAUGGUUGUACUGCUCGUCACCAUCUGUAGCCUGGAAGGGGCUUUGGUUCGCAGACAGGCGGAGGAGCCCGGUCUGCAAAGCCUGUUCAGUCAGUAUUUUCAGAGCAUGACUGACUAUGGCAAGGACUUGAUGGAGAAGGCCAAGAGCUCGGAGAUUCAGACCCAAGCCAAGGCUUACUUUGAAAAGACACAAGAGCAGCUGACACCCCUGGUCAAGAAAGCUAGUACUGAUCUGAUGAACUUCUUGAGCAACUUUAUGAACCUUGAGAAACCAGCUCCUGCUGCUAAGUGAGGCGUCAGACAGCAGUCUUCCUAUCCUAGCUGCCCCACCGGCCUUGCCUUCGAGCCCUUCUCCUGACCAUUGGCCUACCCUAAAGUCCCUCUCCUAUCUUCUGCCUGUUUUCUCCAAUAAAUGAGGAAGGAGUCAAA